ACAUUGAAUUGGAGAAAAAAUAAAAGUUAAAAUCAUCCUAAAGGUGUAGUUUUGACAUAUUUCUUUCUGUUAUCUGUCAAUCUUCUUGGUUUAUGUUUUCAUGGCUUUAUAUUUGGGAUAGAAUUCAGGAGUUGAGGAUUGAUUUACCCUAUUUCUUUUUUAUCUUUUUUCUUCUUCCAUUGUUUAACAUUGUGCCAAAAAUUCUGCAAAUCUUCAAUACGUAGAACAAUUUAUUGUACAAGUUUUCCCAAGUGAUCCUGUUUUACUGUCUAAGAUAGAAAGGUAAGAAACUGAUUAUUUCGUGUGUGCGAAGAUGGUGCGGGCAAAAUUGCGCCUGGAACUGAUAAGCAGUGAAAAAGCACGAGUUGCGGCCUUUGAAAGGAGAAAGAAAGGUCUAGAGAAGGCGGCUGAUGAACUUUCUACUCUCUGUGGAGUCGACAUUGGCAUGAUUGUUUACUUGCCAGCACAAAAUAAUGAAGCAAACGAGCCAACAAUCUGGCCGAAAAAUGGCCAUGAACUGUUAGCAAGCUUGACCCAUUCCUACGAGUCAAGAUCAGGUUGUGACUGCAGGUCCAGGACAUACAAUUUGUCAGCCUUUUUCAAGGAUCAGACGGAGAGAACUGAAGAAGAACUCAAUAAGUUGAGGAAAAAGAUGAGAGAGGCCAAGUACCCUAAGUGGGACGGAAGGUAUAACUGUUUGUCAGGAGAUCAGUUAAAAGAGAUUGUUAGCUUGCUAACGACGAAGAUUGAUGCUGUGAGGGGAAGGAUCAACUCAGUAAAGAGCUCUGUAAUCAUCUACACAGAAUCAGGUGCUUCAAUGGAUCCUUCAGUUCAAGAAUAUGCAGUUUUCAACCCAAGUAUGUGGACAGAUAUCAUGGAACUGCAGCAGCCUUUGGCAUAUUAUGAUGCCCAAGCUAUUAUACCAUAUCAGAGGCGGAUGAUGAUGAUGAACAAUAGUGCAUCAUGUAGCCAGAAUACGUUUAGUUUUGGUCUAAAUCCUGCAAGUGCAGUUUCCUUGCCAAGUAUGUGGACAGAUAUCAUGCAACAGCAGCAGCCUUUGGCAUAUUAUGACGCCCAAGCUAAUAUAGCAGAUCAGAGGCGGAUGAUGAUGAUGAACAAUGGUGCAUCAUGCAGCCAGAAUACAUUCGGUUUCGAUGAAAAUCCUGAUUAUUACGCCUAUAGUUGUGAUGAGAUUUCUGCUCAGAAUUGUGGGUUGGGGAGGGGGAUAAUGGAAAAUGUUGGAGCAAACAAUUGCGAGCCACUAAUGUCUUAUAAUAUGCCAAACAUGGCACCAAUACCCCAGAAUAGGCAACGUCCACUGCUGUCCGGUGCUUUCCCUCAAAUGCAGGCUGCUCAGGGGGCAGAUUAUGUUUGAAGGCGUGGUUUUUGAAUGAGGAAUCCGAAUUGACAAAAAAAGGGGAUGUUGUAGAUUUGGGGUUAGUUGGUAUUCUCAUUGUUUGGGAAAUUGUCUUCAAGCAUUCGUCUUCACUAAACUGUACAGAAGUACGGAUCUAACUUUUGACCAUUUUUCCUUCUGGUGAAUUUUUAGAAGAAAGGCACAUUUGGUCUAUUUUAUUGU